UGAUAAGGGCAUUAAGUGUUGCCAAAGGCAGGGCUUUUCAAACUUGGGGCCCCCAGCAACCGCCGUCAGGCACUAUUCUUAAGUGGUGCGGCCUGGCCACUUUAAAUCAGAGUCUGCCGGGUCGAGUGACGCCCCUGACGUACGUAGCACCGAGGAGCCACAGAGGAGGAUUUCACUCGUCAGUGUUGCACUGACUGCGCACAGAAGAGCAGCGCGGACACAUGCAGCCCAGACACCUCCUGAACCAGAGCCUGCUGGAGCACGCCGGGACACAGACCAGGUAAAUAAGCUGUGUGGAAGAUAAUUGAGGACAACGAGCAAUAUAGAAAAAAAGCAAACAAACAAACAUGUCACUUAACAACACCACAAUAACAACUGACCUUGAAGCUGAAGCAAGUGGUGGUUACUCACAAGAUGCCUAUAUACAUUUUACAAUUGCAGCUGCUGUUGCUUUACUUCUCUGCCUGAUCGGCUUGGUGGGAAAUAUUAUUGUACUAUGGGACCUGUGUUUUAAGAUCAAGAAGAACAAAUGUACUACUUACAGUAUCAACUUGGCAGUGGCUUACUUCGUAGUCUUACUAUUCAGUGUGUGCAUACUGAUACUUAAUAUCAAUACACUGAAUAAUAUAAAUUCCGAUUUUGAAGGGAAGGAUUCCCUGUACUUAUUUCUAGAAAUAUUUUAUGACAGCGCACUCUAUUCAGGAAUGUUCAUCCUGACAGCCAUCAGCGUGGAAACAUGUAUCUCUGUUGAGUUCCCUGUAUGGCACAAUUGUCAUCGUCCCAAGAGAUUGUCUAUAUAUGUGUGUGUUAUACUUUGGUCAAUCGGCUGGAUGGAAAGCCUUUCUGAAAACUUGGUGUGCACAUCAGAUGCUUUUGUGACUCCGACUCCAGGAUGCACGGCAAUACAGCUGAUAACAUUUGCUUUAGCUAUAGUUGUCUGCCUACCAACCAUGGUCACCUCAUCCUUUAUUCUGCUCAUCCGUAUAAAGAAGAAAUUCAAUCAUCAGGUCUCUACAGAACUUUAUGCUUUCAUAAUCUUAACAGUUAUUGUGUUUAUCUUAUCUGUCAUUCCAUUCAACUUUUUAUGGCUUCUAAUGUACUUUCAUUUAAUACCCACAAACAUCCAAACGGUUGCUUUUUUCUAUGCCAGUAUUUAUGCCAUAGUGCUUAAUUGUACUAUUAUGCCAUUUCUUUACAUCACUGCUGGAAUAAAAUGGAAUACAAAAUCCCAUUCACCUGAAGAAGAUAGCAACACAGAUGUAUCCACAUGUAAACCAGAUACUAUAUAAACUAACAAUACACAUUUACAGGGUUGACCUGUUAGAACAAACAAUACAUAAUCCUAUUAUUUAAAUAUUUAAUUUCAUACUAGUUGCCCGGUGGCCGGUGCAAUAUCAGGAAUUGCUUUAUCACCCGUGUACAAGAGUAUCUUGGUGAUGGGAGCAUGUGUGUGUCCAUCUUCACUGGAUUCUUGUGUGGAGGUUCUGAAAGAGAAUCAAACAAACACUAGGGGGCACUAUAACAAGUAUUCAACAGCAAUGUCCAGACACAGAAGCACUCUUAUAAUAAAAAAAUGAAUGAAAAACUGAAAUAUUU